ACGAGUUGCUCCAGAGGAGCUAGAGCAGGACCCAACAUCCAUCCACCUUGAAGGUAAUUUUGCAUCCCUCUCUUUACGUUUCGCUGGUUUUGCGUGCAUCUGUCCAUCUAGGUAGUUUGCCCAGGCUUAUGAAUUAUAACUCGUUCCUCAUGUGUGCCCAUGUUAGCAUUCUAGUGCUGCCUUUUUUCAAUAAUUUUGGCUGGCAAUCUUCAGUUGCAACGAGUGGCGGGGAUGAUUAUGAUAUGUGGUUAAUUUUGUUUACAUCAGAAACGUAGCAAACAUGGCGAUGGUCCUGGAUGCCUUUGCAUCCUACGUGCUAAACAUGCUAACGGAGAUGGCGAGGGAAGAGGUGCACAUGCUGCUUGGAUUCAGACGGGAGAUUGACAAGAUGGACAUUAAGCUUAGGGACCUCAAGAACUUCCUCGCCGACGCUGACAGGAGAAACAUCACCGACAAGAGCGUGCAAGAGUGGGUGGGCCAGCUCAAGCGUGCCAUGUACGAAGCUGCUGAUAUACUCGACCUCUGCCAGCUCAAGGCCAUGGAGCGCCGUUCGUCCACUUUAGAUGUGGGGUGCUUCAACCCCUUGCUCUUUUGCAUGCAGAAUCCCUCCCAUGCCCAUGACAUCGGCACCCGCAUCAAGGCACUCAACAAGAGGCUCGACACCAUCACGGAGCGAAGCGCUGCUUUCAGCUUCAUCAAUAUCGGUUCAUAUGAGGAUCGUAGCAGUAAAGUGCAGGUCACUCGUUCUGCUAAUCCCAACCGUGAGACGACAGGGGAAUAUGACCGGUCAGGUGUAGUUGGGGAGAAGAUCAACGAAGACACAAGAGCGCUGGUUGAGAUCAUGUUAGCUGAAAAAGAGGGCAACACCAACAUCAUGGUCGUGGCCAUUGUUGGUGUCGGUGGGAUUGGCAAGACUACUCUUGCCCAGAACGUCAUCAACGAUGAAACCAUGAAGGCCGAGUUCGACAACACAAUAUGGUUAAGCAUCAACAAGGAUUUUGACAAGGUUGAGUUACUAAGGACAAUCAUCACGCUCGCCGGGGGUGUACAUGGAGGUGAAAAGGCAUUGGUUGUGCUUCAGUUGGUCCUCACCACUGCCUUGAAAGGAAAGAAGCUAUUCCUGGUACUAGAUGAUGUAUGGAACCAUGGAGCAUGGGGUGAUGUGCUUAAAACUCCCUUGGAUAAUGUUGUGGCUCGAGGUAGCCGAGUCCUCAUCACUACUAGAGAUGAAAAAGUAGCCCGAGGGAUGAAAGCUGAGCUUCCCUACCACCAUGUCAACAAAUUAGAGGAGGAGGAUGCCUGGUCGUUGCUCAAGAAACAGGUGCGUAACGAAACUACAUACCACCGUAGGACAAAAUCGCACGAGCAAGAGGAGCAACAGUCGCACGCCUAUAUUGUCUCAAGUAAGACAAAUGGACAUGAAAUUGAUAUGCUCAAGGAUAUUGGGUUGCAAAUUGUAGCAAAAUGUGAUGGUUUGCCUCUUACUAUCAAAGUAAUGGGAGGGCUCUUGUGCCAAAAGGACAAUAAGCGCCGUGACUGGGAGAUGGUUCUGGAUGAUUCUAUAUGGUCAGUAUCUGGAAUGCCUGAAGAGUUAAAUCAUGCAGUAUAUUUAAGCUAUGAAGAUUUACCUUCCAGCAUCAAACAAUGCUUUCUAUGCUACUCCCUUCUCCCAAAAGCUGCAUUGUUUAGAAGAGACAACAUAAUUGGCAUGUGGAUUGGUGAAGGAUUUCUUCACGGAACCUCAGAUGACUUAGAAGAACUAGGUAGCAAGUACUAUAAGGAGCUGAUACUAAGAAACCUUAUAGAGCCUGAUGCAUACUACGUUGAUCAACGUGUUUGCAACAUGCAUGACGUUGUACGCUCAUUUGCUCAAUAUGUGUCUAGAGAUGAGGCACUAGUAGCUCACAGUGAAGAAACUGAUGUUGUUACUAAACUUCAUGUACACGAGUUUCUUCAGAUAUCUGUAGAAAACAAAGCAUCGGAAUCAGAUGGGUUGGACUGGAGCUCUUUACAAGCACAAAAGACAUUGAGAACACUAAUAUCAGUUGGACACUUAAAUAUGAAGCCUAGUGUUUCGUUGGGUAAUUUUCCAUGUUUACGAACUUUAUGCAUAGAAUCUGCAGAUGUUGCAUUGAUUCGAUCUGUGCAUAAACUCAAGCACUUGAGGUACUUGUCCUUAGAAAACACUGAUAUAUCUAGUCUGCCAGAUAGCAUUGGAAAGAUGAAAUUCUUGCAGUAUAUUAACCUUGCAAGAUGCAAACAAUUUGUUAAACUACCAGAUAGCAUUGUAAAGUUAGGGCAGCUAAGGUAUCUUAACUUCAACAACACAAGUAUAGAUGGCAUACCUAAGGGGUUCCGUGAUCUGGCAAAUCUGAGGAUAAUAGAUGGGUUUCCAGCCCGGAUGGAUGGUGAGUGGUGUAGUUUGGAUGAGUUGGGCCCUCUUUAUCGGCUCAAGCAUGUUGGAAUACAAGGGUUGGAGAAUGUAACUGCUUCCUCGUCCGCAACAAAGGCAAAGCUUAGUGAGAAGGUGCAUCUUACGCGCCUAGACUUAACAUGCAGUAGUGUAUUGGGGGACAAUGGACUGAUUGAAGAGGAAGAGCAAAAACGGAUCGAGAAUGUGUUUGAUGAGCUCUGCCCUCCUCCCAGGUUAGAAAUUCUUUGUAUCCAUGGGUAUUUUGGCCGACAGCUCCCAAGGUGGAUGAUGUCAUCAUCAGUUGUGCCCCUCAAGAGCUUGAGGAUUCUGUUCAUUAAUGACUUGUCUUGCUGCAAACAACUUCCUGAUGGCUUGUGUCAGCUCCCUUAUUUGGAGUUCAUUCAGAUUGACUGUGCUCCGGCCAUCAAGCGUGUUGGUUCUGAAUUCGUGCAGUCCUACCAUCAGCACAGUCCUCGUCCUUCCCAGAUGGUGCCUGCGUUUCCCAGAUUGCAUGAGAUGAUUUUAUUAGGAAUGGUGGAAUGGGAGGACUGGGAGUGGGAGGAGCAAGUGCAAGCAUUUCCUGUCUUGCAUAAACUCGUGAUAGGGCACUGCAAAUUGAGGUGUCUUCCUCCUGGCCUUGCCUCCCAUGCAAGGUCUUUGAAUACAUUAUUUAUACAAUAUGUCCAGGGUCUCAUUUAUGUAGAGAACUUUCCAUGUGUAGUCGAACUGUUCCUGGAUGAAAACCUUGACUUGGAGAGGAUCACUAAUCUUCCCAGACUGCAGAAGCUUACCAUCGAAGACUGCACAAAGCUGAAGGUGCUGGAGGGUGUUCCUGGACUCCAGAGGUUCGUUCUCGCGGAUAAAGACAUGGAAACAAUCCCAGAAUACAUGAAAGGUAUAAACCCAAGGCAUUUGGAGCUAUACUGCAGCCUAGCAUUGCUCGCUUCCAUAGCCGCGGGACAAUCUGGCCCUGAGUGGGACAAGUUCGGCCAUGUUGAGCAUGUCAAGGCAUAUGCAUGUGAAGGUGAUAAUCCAAGGAAAUGGUACGUCUUGUACACAGCUAACCCCUACAACUUGGAGACAAAUGUCGGCCUCUCUUUCAUGUCCAGAGGAACCUUAACUUUUUUAGAGGACACACAAAGAUUUGAGUCUGUCUUCAAAAUGACAAGAAAAACCUUUAGCUACAUCUGCAGCUUGGUGAUGGGACCGUCAAUGGAAGAUAUGAACAGCUGCACCUUUAUUGAUGGGAGGGUGCUAUCUUUACAAGAUCGAGUAGUUGUUGCUUUGAGAAGGUUGCAAUGUACUGAGCCAACAGAGACCAUAGGAUCCUCUGUUGGUGUGAGCGAGUCAACGGUCUUGUUGGUAACUGAGAGGUUUGUUGCUGCUGUGUGGCAGAAAGCAGAUCACCACUACCGCUGGCCAGACUCCAGACAAAUGGAUAAGAUCAAAUCCAUGUUUGACAAGAUCCACAAUAUGCAUAACUGUUGCGGUGUUAUUUGUACAAUUGACAUUACAUUUAGACCAAACUGCGACCAUGAGAAGAUUCAGAGCACUCAGUUGCAAGUCAUCGUUGAUCCAGAGAUGAGGUUCAUGGACAUUUGGUUUGGACCAGCAGGUAGAUUAAACCACUUAAACAGAUUGUAUGACUCUGAGCUCUUCCAAGUGUGCGAGAAGGGCGCUUGGCUGAAUGGCAGCAAGCUGAAGGUAGCAUUAGAUGAACCAGAAGUCGGGGAAUACAUAAUUGGUGAUGCAGGAUAUCCUCUUCUCCCCUGGCUACUCACACCUUACCAUGAAGAAGACCACUCAGAUUACAAAGCGGAAUUCAAUAGGAGACACUCCGCAGCCACAACCUGUGCUAUGAAGGCAGUCGCAAGGCUCAAAGACACAUGGAAGUACCUGCAGGGAAAGAUGCCGAGCCCCGUCAAUAUACGUGAGACAAUCUAUGCCUGCUGCAUGUUGCAUAGCAUAGUCAUAGAAAUGGAGGAUGAUACAGCCAUGCUGAGCACCAAGCAAAAGAGGAAUUACUGUGAGGAAGUGCGCCAGUUAGCAAAUGAAGACGCUGUCAAGGCGAGGGAUAUGCUGUCGCGACACUUCAUGUCCAGCAGGUCAUCUGAAUCGGGAGGUGAAUUAGUAUAACUUCUCCUACUUAUUAAGUUGAUCGUUGGUCGCUCUUCUCAAUAAUUAUUCAUAUUUAUUUCAGAGUAGGAGGAUGAAGUAGCUGCAUGAGGCUGCAGGGAUGAAAACAAGAAACAAGAAGGGCAGACAAGAACAGCAGAUGACGAGAUCAUUAACUAGGUGGAAGGGAGGCUUUCAUCCUGCUGGUUGCAGCUUUUGGAUGCAUGAAUGAAUACAGAGAAAACCCGGCAAUGGAGCCAGCAACUAUUUUGGUGCUGCAGCAUGAAUUCAAGUUGAACAUUUUUUUAUGUUUCGCCAUCUAUCUAGUAGGAAAAGAGAAAUAUUAUGUGGUCUGUACUUUAUGACUGUAUGGGCAAUAAGCUUUUAUUUGUCGAGAAAAUGACAACAAUGUCGCGCAGAUGCAUAGGCACUGAUUGUGUAUUUUGCCAUCCAUCAGUAAGCUGGUGCAAAACUGAAGAAUUUCCAACAUAGUGGCUGGGAGUCCCGUGUAUUUACGUCAGGUCAGGUGUAUAUAUGUUUGGAACAGUAAUCCUGUUCAAUGGAACUCCGGUGGCAGUAAACCGGAGUUAUAUAUUUUUUUUUCUUCCUUGGCUGGUUGGUUGGUUGGUUGGAGACAUGAAUGGUUGAAUGGAGUUGAUUGACUAUAGAAAUCAACAUCGUCGGAAAACUUUUGAAUGGUAAGAAACUGUUGAUUUAUUUGCAGUUUCUGCAACCACGACUUGGUGAUAAAAAAAGCCAAUCAAGUGAAGACCAGCAGCGGUGCCGUGCCAAUUAAGUCGCCAUUUCAAGCAAAAUACAAGAAAUUCCGCGCACUGAAUUCACUUGGCCGGUUCUCUACACUGAAUUUGUAUGCCUAUCACAAAUUCACAAGCAAAUGAACUGCUAAAAAAGUGCGAGUUCAGUCCCAGAGAAUGUAUAUGACUAUCACAAACAAAUAAGUACUGACGACCCUACAAUUAACUGGGCAAUGUUACCUAGAGCUUCUUCCUUUUCAGUGUAGACUACAUUAAUAAAAGCACAUCUUAUUGGGCCAACUGAUUGCCACAUGGAUCCGCAUGUAAAAUGUAGUACAUUUCUGUAGUAGUAGAUGCACUUCUCCUUUGCCUGCACGGAUCUAAAAGCACAUCUUAGCUGCACAACUAGACAGGCCAUUCUUCACGAAGCUGACAGCACUUUUUUUUUUAAAAGGAGGAUGCACCCCCGGCCUCUGCAUCUGGGCGAUGCAUGCAGCCAUUUUAUCAAUUAUUCACAAAGCCAUUACAAGGUAAUACAUCAGUAAGUCUGAAACCACCAUCUUGGCAACACCUGUCAAUGGGUAGUGUAUUGAACCCACCCUUUCUGCAAGGCUAUGGCUUUCAGUUGCUUGCCCUCUUCUUGCCCUAACAUGGAUGUAAUCUUUGCUUUGGUGUCUCUGCCCGGUUGGAGGAUUUUGAUCAACAGCCUUACUAGCAUUUCUUGAAUCAGCUUCGGCAUCUUUUCUGAAUCUGCCAUUAUCAUCACUGGAUUUGUUCACCCUGAAACGCACCUCCUGCAUCAGUCUACACAUAGGAUUCCACUCAAUUAAAGAUUAGGACAGAUGAGAGAAAGAAAAAAAAAAUCAAUCUCCUACUCUCUAAAUACGUUGUGCAUACCAAUAACAUGGGUAUUUUCCCUUUAGAAUAUAGCUGAAGUAUUGUAAACCCCUUCUGGCCUCACAAGUCAAAGCAGCUAAUUAAAAUGUCAGUCGGCACAUACCAAGUAAAACUAAGGGGAGCAAAAUCAUCUAAUGAAAAUAAUGAUGGCUUGCAGACUUGCUAAACUACCACAGUAUAGGUUGCACAUG